UGGAUGCGCAAACUGCUGCUGGCACUGGCCGCUCUUUCGGCCGCCGGCGCCCAGGCGGCCAACUUUACGCUCAGCAGGCACCCUAGGUAUCUUGUCUAUCCUCCCAGGGGUGCUUUCAAGCUGGUCGCCGGAUUGGCCAUUCCAUGGAUGACACCCCCGGGCAAAUACCUCGCUUGGACCAUCAACUUCCAAUUCCAGUACGCGUUGCCAAUAGCAUUUGAACAACUUCAAUUGCCCAGGGUUCGACGCUCCCUCAGGGCAGUCGACCGACCCGCCCUUUACUCAACCAUGGAGGAGUACCUGGAAGGUCGGGGUCUACCUGGACGAACCUGUCUGCAGCGAAUGGUGUGCGAGGCGGCCAAGCACCCCGUUGAUCACGAUGGAGUGAUCGGAAAAAUCUUUCAAAUUGCUUUGACACCCAGUCGUGGCAAUUUGGAGGAAAAAGUGCAUUCAAAAUACCACGAAGCGGAGGCCAGAGGUCGAAGAGGUGACGAUUGUCGGACAUUAUUUGGCUCUGAGUGCCCCAUGGACAUUUUGGGCUUGGUUUCAGAAGUUCACGACGAGCUUUGAAUUGAAUGAAAUUAUUCUGAAGAUGGAAAAGACUGUUACAAGUGUAUAUUUUUGAGCUGCUUCAAAAAGUUGAGCUGAGAUUUAUGUAUAAUUAAUUAAAAAUAAAACAUUUCCUGCCAA